AUGCGGAACAAAGUCAUGAGCGUCUUGUUUGCCGAUUGGUCAGGCGACGACUGGGAGACGCAGACUCGCAAGAAGCUGUCGGAGGUUCACAAGCAAGCCAAGUUUCAGCUGGAGCUCGUGAAUGUGGACGAGCUCAAGGAGAAGCGAUACACCCGCGCAGGUCACAAGGUGUUCAUGCAGAACAUGCGGAAGACCAACAAGUCCUGGAGCGAUCCGGACAUCAACGGCUGGUCAGAUGGCUGGCCGCUGGGCUGGCCAGAAGGCUGGCCGCUGGGCUGGCUUCUCGGUUGA